CGCCACGGCGGGCUCAUGGCGAGCUCGGCGGGCCUGGCGCUGUGCGGGCAGGCGCUGGUGGUGCGGGGAGGCAGCCGCUUCCUGGCCACCACCACUGCGAGCAGUGAUGAUGACAGCCUCUUCACAUAUGAUUGCAGUGCUGCAGAAAAGAAGUCACAGGAAAAUAAAGGGGAGGACGGACAGCCGGUGGAGAAGGCGAGUGACACGAUCCUGGCGUCCACCUUCUCCAAGUCUGGCAGCUAUUUUGCUUUAACCGAUGACAGUAAGCGUCUGAUUCUUUUCCGUACAAAACCAUGGCAAUGUCUGAGUGUCAGGACCGUGGUGAGGAGGUGCACGGCCCUGACAUUCACAGCUUCGGAGGAGAAGGUUUUGGUGGCAGACAAAUCUGGGGACGUUUACUCCUUUUCAGUGCUGGAGCCACACGGAUGCGGCAAACUUGAGCUUGGGCAUCUAUCGAUGCUACUGGAUGUGGCCGUGAGUCCUGAUGACCGCUAUGUCCUCACCGCUGACCGGGACGAGAAGAUCCGGGUGAGCUGGGCCUUGGCACCGCACAACAUCGAGUCCUUCUGCCUGGGGCACACCGAGUUCGUGAGCCGCAUCUUCGUGGUGCCCGACCACCCUGAGCUGCUUCUGUCCUCGUCCGGGGACUGCACCCUGAGGCUCUGGGACUACAGACGUGGCCAAGAGCUGCACUGCUGUCACCUGACCAGCCUGCAGGAGCCGGCGGGGCCGUGGAGCGACAAGAGGUUCGCUGCGUCCAGGAUCAGUUACUGGAGCCGGGACAGCUGUGUGGCGCUGCUCUGUGACAGCGUUCCUGUGGUCUACGUCUUCCAUCUGGACGCCCCCAGACGGCAGCUGGUCUACAGACAGCAGCUGUCGUUCCAGCACAGAGUGUGGGACGUGGCUUUUGAGGAGAGCCAGGGGCUGUGGGUGCUGCAGGACUGCCGGGAAGCCCCCCUCGUGCUCUACGGGCCUGUGGACGGCCAGUGGCAGCCUGUUCCUGAAAACGCCGCUGGGAAGAAGGUCUGUGCUCACCUUCGAGGGAACUGGGCCAUGCUGGAAGGCUCCGCUGGCGUGGACGAUGUCUUCAGCAGUCUGUACAAGGCCACCUUUGACAACGUGACCACUUACCUGAAGAAGAAGGAGGAGAGGCUGCAGCAGCAGCUGCGGAAGAAGCGACACAAGAACCCGUCCCCGGGGCCCAACGGGCAGGCCAAGAAGGUGAAGUCUGGGGAGGCGUCCUAGCCACGGUGAUGGCUC